AUGGUUUCUCUUGAUACCACCGGAUGCCUGAAAGGAGCUUUUACGACUACCCCCGGACCACUAUGCACCCUUGUUGAGUUCCACCAAUGUCUUCAGUCGCUGCAAAGUCACAGCAAUGACUUGACCUUCGCAGUCACACGCUAUGAGCUUCUUACACUUUGCGGCACACUGAAAGAGAGCGUGUCGUGCGUGGACAACCACAUGAAGCACUGCUUCAAUCCGACGCAAAGGAAGGUCUUCAACAGCGUCGUCGCAGGGGCGAGGCAAGUGCUGCUGGAACUGUGUGUGCCGGGGCCUAUCCAGGAAGCUUAUCUCCGGUAUGCGUCUUGCUUCAAGAAUGUUUCUCUCUCGGAAGAGAAGUGCGCGCCCAAAUACAGACACCUGAUGGAGCUCUCGGAAACUGUGAACAGGAGGAAGAGCGUCGACGAUGGACUCAGGGAUUCAUGCUGCGCCUUCGGUGAAUUCGUCACUUGUAAAUAUUUGCAUGUGGGCCAAGAUUGCGGACACGACGCAACCAGAUUUUUGCAGCAGCAUUUGGAUCGCAUUUCCAGUCCCCUCAUUCACGAGCAUUGCGCCAUCUACACUUACGCAUCCGAUGCCUGUGCCCCUACGUCGGCGACGUCCCCUACUAACACAGUGGCGUUUGAAACAUUUGCAUUCUCUGCGGCAUGGAUUAUCUCCUACUUGAUGACCAAGCACAAGGCUUGAGUUUGAUUAUCUCCUAAUUCAUGACCAAGCACAAAACUUGAAUUUGAUUAUCUCCUACUUGAUGACCAAGCACAAAGUUUGAACUUGGUUCUCUGAACUAGACAUGAAUGUUGUGUAUUUAAGGCAGAACAAACUCUUUGGAAAAGAAAAGCGAAAAUGAAACUUUUCGGCUUUCUUUUUCAAUUUUUAUUGAUGCGUCAAUAGACAUUUAUUUAGAAGUACUUAUAGAAAGUGAGUUCUUAAUCAAAAACUUUGCGCAAAAGCAAGAGUUGCGUAAUUAAACCACUCUUUGAAUAAAUACACCAGAAAUGGACGUGAAAUGAAAUUACUUUGAAAGCAGUGCUCCAUUCCUGAAAACGCCUAGGUUCCAUGCGUAUAUAAAUUUAUAAACAGGGUUUCCCUGAAUGCUAUGUUCAAACUUGGACUAGAGGUAGAGAACACGAUAGUAAGCAGAAAUUUCUUUAGGACAGAUGAUCGCAAUGCUGACGUGCUAUAUGCAGACAAAGCCAGAUAAUGACGGAUGUGAAACAGGUGAUAAAUUUAUUACACAAUGACGAUUUUACACAACAUUUUAGAUUUUAAGAAUGGUUUAAAGCGGUUUUUUGAAAUUGUUGCUAGUAAUUAUAACAUGCGCGUCACAACGACAACGAACUUGUCAAAAUGGAUCGUAAUUUUGACGCUCGGUACGCUGUCACUGCCAGCAUACAUAUGCAGUAGCAAAAUUACAAGAAGCUCUUCCUAAUAACUGAAAUGUAGGGUCAAAUUUUAUUUGUAUGAUAAUUUAUCAUUUUUUGUUACAUUUUUCGCGUCUUUCUGUGUCUGGCUUCGUGUGCAUAUAGCGCGUCAGCAUUACAUUUGUCACCUUAUGUUCCUAAGUGAUUCUUGUUUGUCAUCGUGUUCUCUACCUCUACUCUAAGUUUGUACACGACCUUCAAAGACACCCUAUAUGUAUAUGUGUGCAUGAAUGAAAAAUCUUUUUUGA